CUCUCAGAUAGUAAAUAAGGCCCGAGAGGGUGGAGAGAUACUGUCUCCAUUUUGUCGUCCUCCGCGGCUCCUGCUCCGUUGCGGAGAUGGGGAACGUCUUGGGACUGUGCUCCAUGGCGAGCUGGAUACCAUGUUUAUGUGGCAGUGCUCCUUGUUUGCUGUGUCGAUGCUGUCCUAGUGGAAACAACUCUACUGUAACUAGAUUGAUCUAUGCACUUUUCUUGCUUGUUGGAGUGUGUGUAGCUUGUGUAAUGUUGAUACCAGGAAUGGAAGAACAACUGAACAAGAUUCCUGGAUUUUGUGAAAAUGAGAAAGGCAUUGUUCCGUGUAAUAUUCUGGUUGGCUAUAAAGCUGUGUACCGUCUGUGCUUUGGUUUGGCUAUGUUUUAUCUUCUCCUCUCUCUGCUAAUGAUCAAAGUGAAGAGCAGCAGUGAUCCUAGAGCCGCAGUGCAUAAUGGAUUUUGGUUCUUUAAAUUUGCCGCAGCAAUUGCAAUUAUUAUUGGAGCUUUCUUCAUUCCGGAAGGAACUUUUACAACUGUGUGGUUUUAUGUAGGAAUGGCAGGUGCUUUUUGCUUCAUCCUCAUACAGCUAGUCUUACUUAUUGAUUUUGCCCAUUCAUGGAAUGAAUCAUGGGUUGAAAAAAUGGAAGAAGGGAACUCAAGAUGUUGGUAUGCAGCAUUGUUAUCAGCUACAGCUCUGAAUUAUCUGCUGUCGUUAGUUGCUAUCGUCCUAUUCUUUGUUUAUUAUACUCAUCCAGCCAGUUGUUCAGAAAAUAAAGCAUUCAUCAGUGUCAACAUGCUCCUCUGCCUCGGUGCUUCUGUAAUGUCUAUACUGCCCAAAAUCCAAGAAUCACAACCAAGAUCUGGUUUGUUACAAUCUUCAGUAAUUACAGUCUACACAAUGUAUUUGACAUGGUCUGCUAUGACCAAUGAACCAGAAACAAACUGUAACCCAAGUCUACUAAGCAUCAUUGGGUACAAUACAACAAGCACGAUUCCAAAGGAAGGGCAGUCUGUCCAGUGGUGGCAUGCUCAAGGAAUUAUAGGACUAAUCCUCUUUUUAUUGUGUGUGUUCUAUUCAAGCAUCCGUACUUCAAACAACAGUCAGGUUAAUAAAUUGACUCUAACUAGUGAUGAGUCAACAUUAAUAGAAGAUGGUGGAGCCAGAAGUGAUGGAUCACUGGAGGAUGGAGAUGAUGUUCACCGAGCUGUAGAUAAUGAAAGGGAUGGCGUUACUUACAGUUAUUCCUUCUUUCACUUCAUGCUUUUCUUGGCUUCACUUUAUAUCAUGAUGACCCUUACCAACUGGUACAGGUAUGAGCCUUCUCGUGAGAUGAAAAGUCAGUGGACAGCAGUCUGGGUGAAGAUCUCUUCUAGUUGGAUUGGCAUUGUGUUGUAUGUUUGGACACUAGUGGCACCACUUGUUCUUACAAAUCGUGAUUUUGACUGAACAGGACUUCUGGCAUGAAAGUCCCACUUUGAUCAUUGCUUGUUUGAGAUUAACAGUAUUCCCAACUUUUGUAAAGUUGUAUAUGUGUGUGCUUCCCAUGUAACCUCUCCAGUGUUCUGGCAUGAAUUAGAUUUUAUCGCUUGCCAUUUUAUUCACUAUAUUCUUGCCAUGUGCAUUGAUAUGUGUGUUAG